AUGACUGCUACGUGGAAUUGCUAUUGUGCCCUAUGUUCCUGCUCACUGGGCGGCAACUCCGACCUGGGAUCGAAGGAGCCCAGAAAGCUGAGGCGUCGGCGCGCGCGCGUCGCAAGGCGCAUCUACUGGGAGAGCAGAGGGGGUAGUCGGCACGACGAGACCGAAGAUGAGGAGGAAGAGGAGAAAGAGGAGCGGCUGCGGAAUAUGCCCGAGACGGAUUCCGGGACAGAGCAGGGAGAUGACAGCGUGUGCGAACUGACGUCGUAUGACCCUGAGCUGCUGGGCCCGGCCGACCUUGACUGGCUUCUUGUUAUUGGAGGGAUUGGACUUCAUGGUCCUGGCUCUGGUGCUGCUUCUGAUACUCCGAGAUAUUUUAUGGCCGAUCUGGACUAUGAUGACUGCAAUUUCGCAACCAUAUCUCAUAGCGAUGAUCCGGACGCACCAGAGGAAGGCUCCGAGGUACACUGCUAUCACGGCCCAGAAGGUGGGCUCGUCGUUUUCCCCUUCCACUGGUCCUGUCUCCAAGUCCUGUGUCGGGCUAUACUCGGACAGACUGACUACAAGGACCUCGAUAAGAAGGCCCUCUACGACGCCAUGUCCUCGGGAAAGACUCUCGGUAGCAUCAGCCUUCCGUUCGGCGAUAUCACAGGAAAUGACCAGGACUGGCACUGCGUUCCGGGCGAAGAAUAUUCCGUAACAAACCCAUUAUGUACUUCUGCUCUCGAUCUUCAGGAAGUCGAAAGGUUCUGCAAAGCAACAAAUGAUACAGUCAAAGAAAGUCCUGAUCUCAAGAGUAAAGUGCAGAACGACCCCUUCAAGUCGUUACCCCAUGAGAUCACCGACAUGAUUAUGGAUAACCUCCCAGGACAGUCUCUAGUGGCACUCCUGGGUGCCUCAUGGACUAUGUAUGCGCGCACGCAGUACUCGGAGUUCUGGAAACGCCGCCUCUAUCGGAAGAUGCGGUGGAUCUGGGAGCUGCGAGAAUUUCUCGAGCUGCGCGAGGACUCUACUAUCGACUACAAAGGGCUCUAUGUCUAUUUGGAUGAAGUAACGACACCGAAAUAUGGUAUAAGGACGUGGUUGGCUCUUGCGAAUCGCCGAAGGAUAUGGGAUGCUUGUGAGGUACUGGCUAAGAGGUAUCACCGAGUGAAGCAGGGAAAGACAGUGGAGCCGGUUGGUUAA